AGUCACAGGGGCCGGUGUCUAAUCUUUGCGGCCUAGGCUUGCCCCAUUUCCCAGAUGUGGAAAGUGAGGCUCAGCGUGGGCCUCAGGGUGGGGAGGGGCUGGGCCACUUCCAAUUUCGGGAGGGAUUAUUGUUGAGAUUCUGAGUCUCUUUGAGGCGAGGCGAUGCCAAAAACAGAGUUACAACGGCUGUGGUUAAUACUUGACAUUUUUCUACGGGGGAAAAAAUGUGAUUUUUGUAACCCUUAAGAAAAACACAAUGGAGCAGUUCUCUGCCUCCUCGGACAAUUAGGGACUGCGGCAGGCGCCAGGAGUUUUGCUGCCGUUUCUCAUGUCACCGACAGUGUCGCAUCGGCCGGGGCCCGAAUGCUCUCUGGGGAUUCCUUUCUGACACUGCCAUUGUGCCAUGUCUGAGCCCAGGCUUUGAAAAGCCUCUGGUGACCUCUGGGUGUCUGCAGCUGAGGGUCCCCACGCGGGGCCUGCGUGUAGGUCCUGGGAAAUCCAGAGUCACUUGCAAUCCUGUCUGUGGGGUUGAAAUGCUCUCAGUUGGCACAGGUGCCCAAAGUCUCAACCAAAGGCCUCCUGUGAUGGUGGCCUCGGUUCUUCUCGGAUGACAUCGGGGCAGGGGGAGGCAGGCAGAGGCACGUCUUCGUUUGGUGCCACAGUCCCCUGGCUCCCCUUAGCUUAUCAUGAGCAAGACCACCGAGUGACGUUUGAGAACUGAAAUCGGCCACCGAGAGACCCAUGUUGACAAAAAUACCGCAAGUGGCCCCUAACUAACUACCAGGAAUUUGUCUGACUUAACACUGAGACACUUGUAAGCCGUGUCCUUGCUCAGCCGCUUUCAUCUGAGGGCCUGGGGGUGCGCCUGGGCCACCUCCAACCCUUUUGACUUGGAUCCCUCAGCAGCUUUGGGUGCUGCCCUGUGAAGGGGGGCAGGGGCUGGUGAAACCCAGAGAGGGAAGGGAACCUGUUCCAGGGCACACAGGAAUUGGGUCUUGAGCCUCCUCGGCCAUGGCCUUGCCCCUGUCCAUCCAGGACGCUGGUCCUUGUAGGGCUGUGGCCCACCCCUCCUUGGAGCCAGGAAGGACCCCCCUCUCCCCCUCGCCAACACCUUCCCUCCCCACCAGGGUCUGGCUUUACCCCACACCUGGGCACUGCAAGUCCCUCUCGGCCCGGCCACUCAGCUCCACAGGGUGUGCCCAGGGCCACGAGGCACCAGCACAGUGAGGGUUACAGCUGGGGCCCCUCCCAGUCUCCUGAGCCACCAUCCCUUAGCAACACUCCUUCGGGGCAGGACGCGUUGCCAGCGCCGGGCAGAGUGGGCAGGAGCCAGAGGCGCGGCUGUGUGGCCUCCAGGACGGACUCGGGGCAGGUGAGUAGGGAGUUGGCCAGGACAGGCCCGUGGCCUCCGACCGUAGCCUGGCCGGCAGAGCGGGGACCCUUCCUCCAGCUCUCCCCCAUCCAGCUCCCCAGACGGCCCUGACCCAGCAUGGACGCCGUGGACGCCACUGUGGAGAAGCUGCGGGCACAGUGCCUGUCCCGAGGGGCCUCGGGCAUCCAGGGCCUGGCGAGGUUCUUCCGCCGGCUGGACCGGGACAAGAGCCGAUCCCUGGACUCGGGGGAGCUGCGGCGGGGCCUGGCUGAGCUGGGGCUGGGGCUGGACGCGGCCGAGGCGGAGGGCGUGUGCCGGCGCUGGGACCGCGACGGCAGCGGGACGCUGGACCUGGAGGAGUUCCUGAGGGCACUGCGGCCCCCCAUGUCCCAGGCCCGGGAGGCAGUCAUCGCAGCCGCGUUCGCCAAGCUGGACCGCAGCGGGGAUGGCGUGGUGACCGUGGACGACCUCCGGGGGGUCUACAGUGGCCGCGCCCACCCCAAGGUGCGAAGCGGGGAGUGGACGGAGGAGCAGGUCCUCCGCCGCUUCCUGGACAACUUUGACUCCUCCGAGAAGGACGGGCAGGUCACUCUGGCCGAAUUCCAGGACUACUACAGCGGCGUGAGCGCCUCCGUGGACACAGACGAGGAGUUCGUGGCCAUGAUGACCAGCGCGUGGCAGCUGUGAGCAGCGCACGUGUACUCCCCCAGCACCAUCCUGGCGUAGGACCCCCACCCUGGCACCCGUGACCCGGGCUUCCAGCUGGGCAGCCGCCGGGGUGGGGGGCCACAGGGGAACGUGCAGAGACUGAGGCUGUGGGACCGCCCGGACCAGGCCUCAGAGGACCCAGCUUGACCAUGAGGUGCAAGUCGGACAAAGGUCCCAAGGCUGGGUCAUUGGCUCAGAGGCCCAGGGAGCAGGCCCCCCCCGCCCCCCGUCCCUGCCGUGCUGACCUCGGGUCUCACAGAGCCCCUUGCAGUUUCCCCCCACCCUGCUUCCUCGUUUCUGCAGGGACCCCUCAGCCCUGCCAGCAGCCCCCUGCCCUGAUGCGUGCCCCCCACCCCGCCCCCACCCAGGGAAGCCAGACGGCAGGGGACAAAGCAAAGCUCUGCAUGGAGGCAGCCAGUCUUGGAAGGCAGCCAAGUGUGGUCACCUGCUCGGUUGUGGAGUCGGGCAGGGGCCAGGCUGCCCUGGGAGCCGGAGGCUGUCCUUGGCCAGGCUGUCUGGCUUCCUGAGGCCCCUGGGGCAUGCAGGAGGCCAGGGUUUUAGUUAAAAGUUUUAAUGUAGUUCCCAAAUACAUUUCAUAUGACAAUCUUACAUAAAUGUUCCAAAACACA